UAACUAAAAAUAUUAGAAAUUUAUGGCUCUUCUUCUAUAUAAAAAGUUAAAAUCAUAGGGUUUUUAAAGGCACUGAAAAACUGAGAGCCAGGUCUCGCCGCAGCACGAACCCAACCAACAAUGACUUUCAAGCGCAGAAACGGUGGGCGUAACAAGCACGGGCGUGGACACGUCAACUUUGUGAGAUGCUCAAACUGCGGCAAGUGCUGCCCGAAGGAUAAGGCCAUCAAGAGGUUUCUGGUGAGGAACAUCGUGGAGCAAGCCGCCGUUAGGGAUGUGCAGGAGGCCUGUGUCUACGACGGGUAUGUGCUUCCUAAGUUGUAUGCGAAGAUGCAAUACUGUGUAUCAUGUGCAAUUCACUCCCGUGUGGUGAGGGUUCGCUCUCGCACGGACCGCAGGAACCGUGAGCCACCAAAGCGUUUCAUCAGACGCAGGGAUGAUAUGCCAAAGCCUGCUCAGGGUGCUCCUGGAGCUGCACCACGCCCAGCUGCUGGGCUUGGAGUCGGAAAUCCUCUUCGCCCAUGAAUAGUCGUUUAGUUUUCAUCCAUUUGCUGCUGUAAUGCCUUUUUAGAACUUGAUUAUUAUUGUGUAGGAGGUUUUAAAAUUUUUGAUGAUCUAGCAAGACUAAUUUGGGAUUACUGUUAAGUUUUGGAGGUUUCAUAUCUAUCAAAGGUGGUAUUUUGUGUUA